AUGUCAGCGUCUGCUACCUCCAAUGGUGAUCGACGGGCUUUCGGAGGAUAUCCAAAUGCUGGGUACCCGACUGCCCAGCCGUUGUCAACGGCAGCAGGAACUUCUGCCUAUGCUGCUCCAGUCAGUGCGAGGUUGGUCAAUGCACCAAUGCCUUCAGGUGAGCGAUUGCCGGAUCCAGGUGAGCAAGCCAGUCUGAGCGCAAGCGUCAGCUCCACUGGGGGCCCGGUCCUUCGCAAGAGGCUCUUCGAUCAGAACGUGUCGGAUUGGGCGUCACGCUAUCGAAAGCACAAGCAGGGCCUGGACCAAGUGACGAGGGACUGCGAUCUACUCCGAUCAGAAGUCUCCAAGCACCAGGUAGAGGUGAAUGAGCAAGCCCAAAAGCUUGCGGAUUUAGAGGACAAGCAUGAAAACCACACGCUUGCAAAGUUCGCCGAAGCCAAAUCGGCACUGGAGGUGGCAGGGCAGCGAAAGCAGCAGCUGGCACUGGAAGUGGGCGAAGCCCGCAAGAUGAAGGCCCAGCUGGCCAAAGAGUGUAAGCUGUUGAAGGCAGACUAUGAGCGUAAGCAUUCCGAGUUGGCGCGCGGCGCCGAAAUGCGGGAUAGACUGGAGCAACAGCUGAUGAGCUACACUCAGCAACUGAAUCAGGCAGGGUCAACGGUGAAGGCAGCCAUGGGAAGGGUUGGGGGUUGA